AUGCAAAUGUCAAAUAUAAAUUCAAUUCUAGAUUACCACGAAGAUUAUUUACUUCAUCCCGAUUUGGAACCUCUUGUAACAUCGAUAAUUUUAAAAACUGGAAAUUUCAAAUGUUUGGCCAUCAUAUGCGAUGAAUUAUACCAAGAUGUAUUUGGAAGUUAUUUUUUUCAUAAAAUUACCCAAGCGACUUUUUUUAAAAUACUCAUCAAUGAUACAGAAGAUCUGAUAUCGCCAAAUUACAACACACUAUCCACAAUAAAAAAAGUUAGAAGAAAUGGUUGCCCGAUUUACAUUAUAUUUUUAGCAAAUGGAAAACAAGUGAAACGUUUUUUGCACUUUGGUGAUAAGUACCGAGAUCUAGACGUCAGAGCCAAUUUCAUCCUUUUAUACGACGAUCGACUUUUUGAACCUGAUCUUUUUUACCUGUGGAAAAAAAUGAUAAAUGUAGUUUUUAUAAGAAAGUUUUCAGGUGGAGAGAGGAGUUCGAGUAACUGGUACGAAUUAUCAACGGUACCAUUUCCAGCACCCAUCAAAGAAGUUUUAAUUCCGAGACGAUUAGAUAUAUGGCGAAGAGGAUAUUUUUAUUCCAACGUUGAACUCUUUCGAGAAAAAACCUCAAAUUUAAGAAGUCAAAUUUUUAGAGUUAUUACAUUUCAACAUGUUCCGUCUGCUUUUAAAAUGCCUGGAACCCUACCCAUCGGGUACACUGGUUUAGAAAUAGAAGUUUUAAACACGUUAUCGAUAAUAAUGAAUUUUGUAGCAGAAGUAUAUGACGUACCAUCAAGUGAAAAAUGGGGAUGGAAGCAAGUGAAUGGAUCUUAUUCAGGGCUUUUAGGUGAAAUCGUAAGUGGGAGAGCUGACAUAGCUUUGGGAAAUCUUUACUAUACGCCCUAUCACUUGGGUCUCAUGGAUUUAACCAUACCUUACAAUACUCAAUGUUUAACAUUUUUAACACCGGAAUUACUGACGGACAAUUCUUGGGAAACGCUUCUAUUACCUUUCAGAGGCUAUUUAUGGCUUGGAGUAUUUUUGUCCAUAAUAACUGCUGGUAUUGCUUUCGUCUCUCUAGCGAAAUUUCAUCGUAGAUUUGGUUAUGAUAUCACGCAAAGUAUUAUUUAUUCGAAAGGAAAGCAUAAAAGUCGUCCGAAAAUACUGUAUAAAAAAAGAAAAAAAAAUUUAAUGGGUCUCUAUCAAUUUGAAAAUCCCAUAAACAGUUAUUUGUACACGUACAGCAUGAUAUUACAAGUCUCACUACCGAAACUACCACAAGGUUGGGCUUUACGAAUAUUUACCGGAUGGUGGUGGAUUUAUUGCAUACUCCUUGCCGUAGCGUACAGGGCAAGUAUGACAUCCAUAUUAGCAAAUCCAAGUCCAAGAGUAACGAUAGAUACUUUAGAACAACUGGCAGAAAGUCAAAUAUCUGUCGGAGGAUGGGGAGAAGAAAUAAAACUUUUUUUUGAAACUUCAUUGGAUGCUGCCGGACAAACGAUCAGUCGUAAAUUCGAAAUCGAAAAUGAUAUUGAUAAGGCUGUCGAAAGGGUAGCAGACGGAAAUUUUGCUUAUUAUGAAAAUAUUUUUUUUCUAAGACACGCGAGCGUACAUAAAAAAAUGCUCAUAUUAGAAGCCAUAACUAAAAAACCUAAAGAAGAAAAUGAAAAAAAAAAUGAAUUUCAAAAAAGUUUACACAUAAUGAAAGAUUGCGUCAUAAAUAUGCCCAUAUCUUUAGGAUUGCAAAAAAAUUCUCCUUUGAAACCGAGAAUUGAUAAAUUCUUACAAAUGAUCAUAGAAGCAGGUUUGGUUAAAAAAUGGUUGAAUGAUGCCAUGUCUCAAGUACUAAGGGCGGAUGCAGGCAGUGAAGAGGAACCAAUAAAAGCUUUUAUGAAUUUAAAGAAAUUGUAUGGUGCCUUAGUUACUUUAGGUAUCGGGUACGGUUUGAGCAUAUUAAUACUAAUAAUUGAAAAAAUUAUUUGGCAUUUCACGGUCGUUAAGAGUCCAUUUUACGAUAAAUACUCAAACUCGGUAAUAAAAAUCGUAAAAACUUGA